AACAGAAAACUUCCACGUGACUAUUACAUUCUUGUCCUUGUUUCUCUCUCCUCCACUUCUCCUCCUCUCACACUCUCUUAUAAACUCGGACAUGCUCUCACUGUGAGUUCAUCAUUUUUAGAGAGAGAAAUUAUAAACAAUGGCGAUUUCUAGGGUUUCAAUCUUCGUUGUUUCUCUUUUGGCAUUGUUCGGUUCGAUUUCUGCUUCUGACUCUACCGAUGCUUCUCCAGCUGAUGCUAAGGAGUUCGUUCUCACUCUUGAUCACUCCAAUUUCUCUGAAACUAUCGCCAAAAGUGACUUCAUUGUCGUCGAGUUCUACGCUCCAUGGUGUGGCCAUUGUAAGAGUCUAGCUCCCGAGUAUGAGAAAGCCGCAUCCAUAUUGAGCAGUCACGAACCUGCCAUUGUUUUGGCAAAGGUGGAUGCCAAUGAGGAUGCCAACAAGGAACUUGCUUCUCAAUACGAAGUUAAGGGAUUCCCUACAAUUAAGAUUGUGAGGAACGGUGGGAAAAAUGUUCAGGAGUACAAGGGUCCAAGGGAAGCCGAAGGAAUUGUUGAUUAUUUGAAAAAGCAAGUUGGUCCUGCAUCAGUUGAGAUUAAAUCUGCUGAUGAGGCUUCCACUCUUAUUGGGGAAGACAAAGUUGUUAUUGUUGGUAUAUUCCCAGAAUUUUCCGGAGAAGAGUACACAAGCUUCCAAGCCUUGGCUGAGAAGUUGCGCUCUGACUACGAGUUUGGCCACACUACUGAUGCAAAGUUCCUACCAAGGGGUGAAUCAUCUGUGAAGAAGCCCACUAUUAGGCUUUUCAAGCCAUUCGAUGAACUUGUGGUUGACUUUCAGGAUUUCAAUGCGGAUUUGGAGAAGUCCAUUGAAGAAUCCAGUAUCCCUACUGUGACUAUUUUCAGCAAGGACCCCGCACACCAUCCCUAUGUUAUUAAGUUCUUUAACUCCCCCAAUGCCAAGGCCUUGUUGUUCAUGAACUUCAGCAUUGACUUUGAUUCAUACAAGUCAAAAUAUGAAAAGGUUGCCGGAGAAUACAAAUCACAGGGUAUUAGCUUUUUAUUGGGAGACCUUGAUGCCAGUGCUGGAGCACUCCAGUAUUUCGGUCUCAAGGAGGACCAGGUGCCUCUCAUUAUUGUCCAGACAAAUGACGGGAAGAAAUACGUUAAAGAGAAGGUGGAGGCAGAUCAAAUUGCACAAUGGGUCAAGGACUACAAUGAAGGAAAGAUUGCCGCACACAGGAAGUCCGAACCCAUUCCUGAAACCAACAACGAGCCUGUAAAGGUGGUUGUUGCAGACACCAUUCAGGAUAUAGUUUUCAACUCUGGCAAAAAUGUCUUUUUGGAAUUCUAUGCUCCCUGGUGUGGACAUUGCCAAAAGCUUGCUCCAAUCUUGGACGAAGUUGCUGUUUCUUUUGAAAACGACAAAGACAUUGUCAUCGCCAAACUUGAUGCAACUGCAAACGAUCUCCUAGAUGAUACCUUUGAUGUUAAAGGUUACCCAACUUUGUACUUCAGAACAGCGAGUGGGAAAAUCGUAGCAUACGAUGGAGACAGGACCAAGGAUGAAAUAAUUGAUUUCAUUCAGAAGAAUAGGGAUCCAGCUGCUGAGCAACCUUCGAUUGAGCAAGCUGCAUCUGAGCAAUCUUCAGCCAAGGACGAGUUGUGAUUUAGCAAAAAGUGUCUUAAGAUGGUGGAUUGAUCGACGGGAACAAGUUUACACCACACAGCGUCCACUCGAUUAGCUAGUUGUUAGAUUUCACAACAGAAGCUAACAUGGCCGUCUUCCCGGGUUUUUGCCAUCUUCCAGUCACCUUGCCUCAACAAACACACUCUCUUUUUCUCUUUCUCUCUUUCUCUUUCUCUCCCUCUGUUCUUUAAUAAACAUGAGGCCCUGUAUGUGGUUUUAUUUUGUGGCUUUUUAGAUCUGACGAUUUUGGAGGUAGUUAAAUUAUUAAUUAGUUAAAGAGAUGUAUCAGUAUAUCAUCGUUUAGAUCUCAAGUUGCCAUGGAUUUUUGACUAGAAAGAUGUUUUUUAUGUUAGAUUUAACUUUAUUUGCUGCUUCA